GUGGUAGUAGUGGUGGUAGUGGAGAUAGUAGAGGUGGUAGUAGUGGUGGUAGUAGUUGUGGUAGUGGUAUCACUGACCGGCGUACAUUCUCCCUCUGCUCCUCAGGCCAGCACCAGUUCCGAGCCUUCGCAUUGGGACAGCGGCCGUUCCUCGACACCCGCUUCAGCGACCAUCUCCGAGAACUCGAACUGAGACGGAAGAGCGACUCAAUACCUCCCAGUAUAGCCUUCAAAGUUCCUCACUCAGGCCCUGCCACACAAGACGCUGCCUCGUCGAUGGGCCUAGGCGCGGCAGACAGCCACUGGUCCAGCUACGGUACUUCCCACUACUCUUCUUAUAUCCCAGGUAGUCUGGCCGGAGGCAACUCCUCGACGCUACAGAGCGGGUUCUCCUCCGCACAAGCCCUAGGCUACGCCACCGACAUCACCCAGCAGAUCAACCCGCUCGACUCCAGCUCCUCGCACCUCUCCUCAGGUGUGAUGGAGAACUCUCCCAGCUCCGGCGGCGACUACGAGGGUCUGGGUUCACUCCAGGCGCCGCACUCGCCGCCUCGCCACGACUACAUGCUGGCGCGGUACUCCUCGCCGGACCCUCGCCAUUCUGCACAGACCACCACCGCCGACCCUCGCCAGGAUCUCACUUGCACCCCCUACACGCCGCCCGCCACGUCUUCCAAUGCCGCCGCGUCCUCUUCCAGUAUAGGCGGCCACCUAUCGGGCGCGUCGUCUUCCACGGGCGGCGCGGGGAGCGGAGUGAUAGCGGCGGCGGCAGCGGCGGUGGCAGGCUCGGUGGGCGGCAGCGCUGGUAGCUACUCCGGGUACCUUGGUGGUGGGUACUACACGGCAACCACCACGGCGCAGGGUUACCUCUCUCCAAGUGUGUCGCUUCUCUAUCCACAUCUCUAUCCCCAGCAGGGUCAGCUCUCGUUGCUUGAUCCCCGCCAAGCAGCUGCCACCGACCAGUACACCGGUGCCAACACGUCCUCUAACACUGGCGGUCAGCGGGACUACACCCGCCACGAUGGCUACCGCGACAUGUCCAGCGCUGGGGCAACCACGCCCGGCCCACACCAAAGUAUGAUGGCCACUCACAUGACGCCUGACGACACCCUUCACGCCGCCCACGCCCACGACCGCUACAUGAGCAAUGGCACACGUGCGGGUGGACCCUCGCCCAACGAUCCAUCAGUAUGGCGGCCGUACUAGGCUGCCAGGCAAGGCUCCCGCUCGCGGACUAUGCAACGCUGCCUUGAUCCAUCACUCACCUUGUGCGAUGAGCAUUUAUGUAUCUCUGGAGAAUUUAAAGCAUCAAUAAUAAUAUUGCCUUUCACUUUAUUUAUUGUGAUGUUAUGACAAAAAUACAUUGACUUUUAUCAAGUGAUUGAAAUAUUACUUUUUAUGUGUUAUUAUACAUGUCUUGACAUGUAUUUUGUAUCCUUAAAGUGCAGAUACCUCUGUAUCUUUGUGGUGAUAUAAUGAUAUACAUAUCCAUGUAGAAUUUAAAGUACAACAGUUCCACUGUGUGUGUCGGGAAAGGCAUCAUAUGUGUGUGCUUUGGGCAGCACUGUGUUGCGUGUGCCUGGAGAAGCACCGUAUGUGUGUGCCAUGGGAAGCACUAUUUGUGCCUGGAGAGGCACUGAAUGUGUGCUUGGGGAGGCACCAUGAGUGUAUCUAGUGAGGCACUCUAUGUGAACCUGGGGGAGGAGGGGGGGGCACCUUAUGUGCUUAGGGUGACACUGUGUGCGUGGAGGAAGCAGCAUGUGUGCACCAGGGAAAGCACUGUAUGUGUACGCCUGGGGAGGCACCUGAUGUGUGCCUGGGAGGGGGGGGGGGAGGGGAUGAAGUGUACCGAAGGGGCGACACUGUGUGUGUCCGCCAGACACCGUUCCUCACAUCCGCUUUAAGACACAGCUCAUUUAACGUGUUGGUAACCACGGUUUACCAAUAGGCUCAAAAAAUGUAUUGUGUACAUGAAAAUAAUUUAUCGCCUUGUGGCUAUGUAGUAUGUUUGUACAAGUCCGUCAAGUUGUGAGUGCACUGUAAACACACACGUGCACUCACCCCACUGUUUUGUCCCAAAGCUUCCAUGUUCUACUUGUUUAUAUGUAGCCUGAGGAGGACUUUAAGUCGAGGAGGCGCUUAUCACCUUGUAAUACUCGGAAUGUAAAAUAUUCGUUCGACCCUUUUUUUUUAUAAGAAGUCUUAAGAUAAAGUAUAUGUUUGCUUUUUUAUAUAAGAAAAAAGUCUUUACCUGUACUAAGUAUUGAGCGCAACUUGGCAACGAAAUGAUGGGUAACUGAUAUCCUGCUAACGCAGGAGGUGACAAGUUUCCUGUAAAAGUGCGUUUGGGUAUAAAUAAGAUGCAUUAUGUUGCCUCGGAAAAUAUUGACACUGUCCGAGCAGUACGUCGUUAGUCUGAAUAUCAUAUAUUCAGGUAUUGGUCAAAUUCAUCAGUGGUUUAAUAGUGAGGAUUUCAGGCCACAACCAACAGGAAGUGUUACACGGUUAACUUCUUGUGACAUGUUUCUAAGGCAUGUGUUGAAGUAUUUUAAAUGUGUGUGAAAAGAUGAUGUUUAUAUAUUUUUUUUUUAAAUCAAUGCUACGGAAAUACUGGAUGCAUUUGUUACGGAUAUGGGGUUGAAGUUAUUAUUUUGGAAUUUAUGAUGCUUUAAAGUUUAAAAAGACAUGUUUAAUAAGUGAUAAGUUAUUAUCACUUAUGUGCAUAAGUGAUAAUAACUUAUGCACAUAAGUGCAUAAGAUGAAUGUGCAUCUCCAGAAGUGUGAGACCUAAAGGGGGGUACUUCCGGUGUUGUUCUGGGAUACUGUAUGCAUGUCCCUGCAUGUGUAGGGACAUACAACUUUGCCCAAUUUGGUAGCGAGACAUUAUGCUCCUAAAUCUGUCCAGAGUAGUGUUGGGGCCUCAAGUGUCCAGUAGGGUGUUGUGGCACUGUGAGACCUCAAGUGUGUCCAGUGUGGUGUUGUGGCACUUGUGCACUGUGCAGUACAACCUUCACUAUAAUGUGAACUCUCAGGUUUUGUCCAUGAAUGCUCCUACCACUCUCUGCUCAAAUACCUGUUGUUUGUGCAUGAAUAUCCUCCCACUGGUGGACAAUGGGCAGCUUUUCUAAUAUCAACCGAGAUUCAGUGUUUAGAAAAUGUCAAGUUCUACGUUAAAAUGUCUAUUCCUAGAUCAUUUUGGAGUAGAAAAGUGUUAACUUAGAAUAAUCAGAAAAAAAAAUGUUCAAGACAUUUUUUUUGCAAUCUCAUAAUGAAAUGUGUAAAUGUUCUUGCCUGAGAUCCGUCAACAGUCCAUGACCAUUUACAUGUUUUAUUAUAUACAUUUGAUCGUUCCUAUAGGCUGUAGGGCAGCACCGCCACGAGCACUACAUGAAGCAGGUCUAGCAGAACUGUCUCCAUCUUGACCACGUCUCAGCCACACAGCGGGAUGGGGGAGCUCCUUGUGUGUUGGCACAUAGGGAGCUCCUUGUGUGUUGGCACAUGAUGAGGAGCUCCUUGUGUGUUAACACAUGAUUAGUAGCAUCUCGUAUGUCUUGGCACAUUUCCACCACCAACCCCUGGAUGUUGUCUACAAGGAAGAGGCAAACCUGCUUUGUCUUAUAAUCAAAUAGCCAUUCCCUCAGCAUUCGCCAAAUAAUUGUCGCCACUUAACUAAGUGAGAAUUGCCUUGGCGGCUGGUGCUGUUACCUCACGUGGCUGAGCAGUUUACGAAUCUCUUGAUGUACAGUUUCUGCAGAAGUGAAGCGUUGGCGUUACCGAAUAUAAUCUGCGUGGUAGGUCAGUAUGUAGUGCAAAAUGUCGCUGCUGCAGUGGAAUAUUGCUUUAAGGUUUGUAAAUAGCUAACUUGCCCCUGUAAUGUGUCUCGACUUGUAGUCCUGGAAGUAAUAAUAAAAACUACAUUUUUUUAGA